UCAUCAUGUUUUCCUCGAGAAAAAAAUUAAGGAAAUAAACAGGACCUGGCACCAGCAACUGCUGAAGAAGUGGGUAUAAAAGAGGUCUCUGAGAUCAGGGGACAUCCAAACUCAAGAACCUCCCCUCACCUGCCAACCAACCCAGAACCUCAAACCACCAACACCAUGGUCAGUUCCUGUUGUGGCUCCACCUGCGGUGGCCAAGGCUGUGGCUCUGGCUGUUGUGGCUCCCGCUGCUGCUGCCAGCCAUGCUGCCGCCCCUGCUGCUGCAUUUCUAGCUGUUGCCAACCCUGCUGCUGCCGCCCCAGCUGCUGUUCUAGCUGCUGCCGCCCCUGCUGCUGCCGCCCCAGCUGCUGUACUUCUAGCUGCUGCCAGCCCUGCUGCCGCCCCUGCUGCUGCCAGCCCUGCUGCCGCCCCUGCUGCUGCCAGCCCUGCUGCUGCCGCCCCAGCUGCUGCCGCCCCUGCUGCUGCCGCCCCAUCUGCUGCCAGACCACUUGCUGCAGAACCACCUGCUGCCGCCCAACCUGCUGUGGCUCUUGCUGCUGAGCUCCGCUGACCUCUGUCUGCAUAUGCCCACCUUCCCCAUGUUCUCUCAGACUGGCAGCAUAUCAUUUCUUCCACUGAUUUAAUUCAAAACCACCUUCUUCAGGGCUAACAGUAUCUCACAUUCAUCCACGUGAGACCGUUUCCAAUGAACACUACCUACUCAGCAUCCCAAUGCCAUCGUUUUCUUGCCUUCAUUCUCUUACUUGGACACCAAAUUCUUAUUUAAUAUAUAUCCAUGCAAUACAAUUCUUCACAAUUCCCCCACAUCCUCACUGUCACUGACGAAGACAAUAUCGACCAUGUGUUUAGCUCAUAAUCACCUUUUAUUACUCAGCUUGCAAUGAGGUUUCUUUCUCAAUUUACCCAUCAUGUGGAUUUGCCUUUGUCUUAGUUUUUAUCCAAUUCCAAAUAAAGCUUCCUGGAAAUCAAUGGAAUCCAAAGCCUUGGUGAAUUCUCUCUAUUUUUGUCUUCUUUGUCAAUGAUAGAGCACCUCUCACAAUCACAGAAUUGCCCAUUUCAAAGGGUCUCCAAUGGCCUAUCAAUUUAACCAAGAUCCCAACAGAAUAUUCACUAUCAUAGAUUUCAUAAAUGCUCAUCCUGUCUUUGCAUCCUAUCAUGUGUUUUGUAUAAGGAAACCAAAAUGCAAAAAAAAAAAAAUUUCUCUUCUCCCCUACUCAUUCCAAAACAAAGAAAUCUUAUUCAGAUACAUAUUAUGAUUCUUCUCAGGAAGAGAGCUAGCCAA